AUGGCACCUUUCAACCUCGAGGCCUGCGCAAGGCCAAACAUCCUGGCUCUCCAGCCCUACCGCUGCGCCCGAGAGCAAGUUGCCCCUCCCCCGCAAUCCCACGCAGAUAACAUAACUAACCCAUCAUGCAGCGAUUACAAAGACGACGGCACAAACAUCCUUCUCGAUGCUAAUGAAAACGCCUACGGCCCCUCUUUGAACUCAGAUGAUGCCAAGCAAGCUGCCAAUGGCGUCGACGUCGAUCUGCUCGGCCUGCACCGCUACCCUGAUCCUCACCAGGAGCCCUUGAAGCAGCUGCUUUGCGAGCUGCGCAACACCCACGCCCAUACAAGCAAGACGCUGAAGCCCGAGAAUUUGUUCGUGGGUGUUGGAAGUGACGAGGCUAUCGAUGCUCUGCUGCGGUGCUUCUGCGUUCCCGGAAAGGACCGCAUUCUUACAUGUCCGCCUACGUAUGGCAUGUACUCUGUGUCUGCGCAGGUCAACGAUGUCGCACUUGUCAAGGUUCCUCUUCUGGAGGCUCCCACGUUUGGCAUUGAUGUACCAGCUGUUCUAGAUGCCUUGACGAACGAACCCAACAUCAAGCUUGUCUACCUCUGCUCUCCUGGUAACCCUACCGGCUCAGUCCUCGCCAAGUCUGAUGUCCAGCAAAUUCUCGACCACCCAUCAUGGAACGGAGUCGUUGUUCUUGACGAGGCAUACAUCGACUUUGCCCCCGAUGAUGCUUCUCUUGCCGAAUGGGUGACCGAGUUCCCUAAUCUGGUCGUUAUGCAGACCCUUUCCAAGGCGUUUGGCAUGGCUGGUAUCCGUCUUGGAGCUGCUUUCACCUCACCCCCUAUCGCCCGACUUCUCAACAGUCUCAAGGCCCCUUACAACAUUUCCAGCCCUACGAGUGCCCUUGCGUCCUACGCAGUGUCUGAAAAAGGCCUUGCUAUCAUGCGAGACCACCGCGCUCGCCUAAUCCAGUCGCGUGAUCGUCUUGUCAAGGAGCUUCCCAAGAUCCCCGGCGUUGGUCGUCUACGAGGUGGCACCGAGAGUAACUUCUUGCUCUACGAGAUACUCAACUCAGCAGGCGAACCAGACAACAGCGUGGCGCAGGCCGUCUACGAGAUACUUGCCGAGGGAAAGGGCGUCGUUGUGCGGUUCAGGGGUAAAGAGCACGGAUGUCUGGGAUGUCUACGCAUCACAGUUGGUACAGAUGAAGAGGUUACAAGAUUCCUGGAGUCGUUGAAGACCACGUUGGCCGAGGUUAGAGGAUCAUAG